AUGUUCAUUCUGACAUUUACGUACUUUAUCACGCUUCCUGUACUGACGUCGAGGAUGGUCAGAGGCGAUACGACGAUGGAUGAAAAAUCCGCGCCACCGUUCAUAAGUAGUCGCGUAGUUAGAACUAAAUAUGGUGAUAUAAGAGGUUUUAUAGUAACGCCUGAGUCAAGGUAUCUUGAACCCGUUGAGGUGUUUCGCGGGGUCCCUUACGCGUCGCCUCCUAUGGGUAGUUUACGCUUUAUGCCUCCCGUCUCCGGUGCCCAGUGGUCAGGUGUGAAGAUAGCUGAAGAAUUCAGCCCAGUCUGUCCUCAAGUGCUUCCAGAUAUAAGGAAUGAAACAGCAGUAUUGAAACGAAUAUCCAAAGGACGUUUGGAAUACUUGAAGCGAAUACUGCCGUUCUUGACAAAUCAGUCGGAAGAUUGUUUGUAUUUGAACAUCUACGCGCCUGCUCAAGCAGGAGUUCGAGAUGCAGUGGCGAGAUACCCGGUCUUAGUCUUCGUGCACGGAGAGAGUUACGAAUGGAGUUCAGGGAACCCAUACGAUGGGGCAGUACUCGCCUCUCACGCUGGCCUUGUCGUUGUCACCAUCAAUUACCGACUAGGAAUUUUGGGCUUUCUCAACCCUCGAUCCGACGAGUACCCCCGCUCCCCAGCGAAUUACGGUCUCAUGGAUCAGAUAGCAGCGCUCCAUUGGAUCAAGGAGAACGUUGCCGUAUUUGGAGGAGACCCGACGAAUGUCACGCUAAUGGGGCAUGGCACAGGAGCUGCUUGCGUUCAUUUCCUAUUGACUUCUUUGGCUGUUCCUGAAGGUCUCCUCUUUCACAGAGCGAUCCUGAUGUCAGGAUCAGGUCUCAGCCCAUGGUCUCUUGUGGCUGAUCCUAACAAAUACGCAGCCAUAGUCGCCACACAUGCUAAUUGUUCGCCAGAGCUAACACCGCCAGCGCUACUGCGGUGUUUGCGUGAGCGUCCGCUUGAGGCGCUGCUUUCGGCACCUGUGCAGGCGCCGGAUUUCGCUUACGCUUUCGGACCCAGCGUCGACGGUGUCGUUAUAGACACCGGCGACCUGCUAAUAAACCCAGAGAAUGGAUAUGAAUGGGGCGGACAAACAAUCGCGAGGCUGCCGUCGGGGAAGCAAGACAACAACGCUAUCAACAUUAUCAAUGCUGUACUCAUGAGGAAGAGCGCUGUUGCUCAGUUGACCAAGUACGAUAUAAUGCUCGGUGUAACGAAAGCAGAAGCAUACUUCGCCUUCAGCGGGGACGACGUCCAGUACGGCAUAGAAGCUGACCGGAGGUCGAAAAUCCUGAAAUCAUUCGUCAGAAGUACAUACAAUUACCAUUUGUCAGAGAUAUUGGCCACUAUUAUUAAUGAAUACACGGACUGGGAGAAGCCGGUGCAACACCCCAUUAAUAUAAGGGACGAGACCCUCGAAGCCCUGAGCGACGCCCAAGUUGUGGCGCCGAUCGUGUUGACCGCAGACACGCAUUCUGCAUUACGAAGAAACUCCUAUCUGUACGUGUUCGACUACCAGACCAAGUACGGAGAUUAUCCUCAGCGUCAAGGCUGCAUCCACGGCGAAGAGCUCCCCUACAUCUUCGGCGCCCCCCUUGUAGGCGGCCUGGCCCACUUUCCCCGCAACUACACGAAGGCCGAGGUUGGUCUGUCAGAGUCCGUCAUGUUGUAUUGGGGCAACUUCGCUAAAACUGGAAAUCCAAACGAAGCCCAAGAGUCAGACCCGAUAAGGGCUGGAAGACAGGAAAGAGUUCGGAUGAAGAACAUCGAAUGGACUGCUUACGAAGCCGUCCACAAAAAAUACUUGAACAUCGAUAUCAAGUCUAAGCUCAAAAACCAUUAUAGAGCUCACAGACUAUCAUUCUGGCUCAACCUAGUACCGGAUCUCCAUCGUCCUGGUGGCGAAGAUGUCCCGCCAUCACAUCAUCAACUUUACAAUGAGGAGGCGUCACCUCAACCAACUAUCAAAACAUUUAGCCCGCCUUUCAAGAAGACAACCGACAUUGUCAUUACGGACACAGGAUUGGCUACUAAAGUUCCUAUUGUAAGUGUCAUAAAUAUUACGUCACCAUUGAACUACAAUAUCAUUGGAUUUAACGCACCAACUCCAAGUACAGUAACGGAAGUACACAAACCUGAUCACACUACAGCUAAUCCUCCUGAAGAUGGAUUUGCUGCAUAUUCCACAGCUCUCAGUGUAACAAUAGCUAUAGGUUGUUCGUUACUAAUAUUGAACGUCUUAAUAUUCGCUGGUGUAUAUUACCAGAGAGAUAAAACGAGAAUGAAUGGUCCAGAUGGACCGAAUGGCUCGCAUUUAAAGAAGCGAGUUGAAAACGGACAGAUGCCAAAUAAUAUUUGUGGAGAUUUAGAAGGAGCGUUGACUUAUCAAACGAGUUUGAAAAACGAUCCAGCAACUAUUCUAAGUCAUCAUCAUACUCAUGCACAUCAUCAGCUGCCUCCUCCAGAAUUUGCUGAUUUGCCUAGUAAUAACGUUGCUGGUAUGGCGACAUUGCCCAGAGCACCACCUCCUCCUAAAUUAGGAAAGAGUAACAUAAACACUCUUGCAAGUGGACAAUUGCAAGAAAAUCAGCCGUUGCUAUCGGCGCAUCCAAUGCAAAUAAUGAACACAAGUACAUUGACGAAGAAAAAUACUCAACUGAACGCGAAGUCGAACGUGACAAUGGAGGAGUUGAGAGUGUGACGUCAGAGGGCCUGACUGCAACGAACCGGCAGUUGCAGUGACGUGGUUCACCACGACGAGAUCGUGUGACUUGAGCCGGACCUUCUCAAGUGCGUCACAGAUUACAUAUAAACUUUCAAAGGCAACAAAGACUUGGAAUCUGUGAACACUUGGUAUUAGAAGGCUUAAAACUAUGUUAAAGUGAUUAUAUAGACAGUGAAUAUUCAUAUCGGUUUAAUAGAAACAGUGAGAGAAUUGAAGCGUUUAAAACUUACGAUUUAAUAGUGAACUAUAUUAAAAUUAUUGAUGUAUAUGAUUGUAAAUAUAUAGUUGUAACUGUAAAUAGGUCAGCAGCUCAGCCGCA